ACACCAGAGAAGUGUUGAACAAAACCAGUUUCGUUUCGGUUUAACACUAGUUAGGUGUUUAUACAGCACCAAUUAGUAUCAAAACAGCAUCGGUUUGAUUCCACACUGGUGUUGUUUCAAUACUUCUCUGGUGUGGACAUAUAUAGAUUCCGGGCUGGUGUUAAAUCAACACCAGAGUUUUUGCAGUGUAGAUUGGCAGCAGUUAGCACUGCACUGCAUGCACUGCAUAUGCAUUUAUUAAUCCAUCUUCGCUAUUCGCGUAUACCGUAUCGCCUAUCGGCACUCCGGAUGGACAAAAAGGGAGUGAUCAAAUUUUCCUUUUAGAGUCUCGUCGUGUACAACGUAGCUGCUGUUGCAAUGUCAAGUCACGAUCAAAAUACUUUUCCAGCACGCCACAUGGAUAUCGAAGGGGAAGUACUCAGUGUCCAGCAAAGGGUAGGUGAUCUGGAGUCUUCUCUACAGGCAGUCCUGCAAGAAAAGAAACUUCAAGAGGAAGACUUUGCUCAAAAGAGAGCAAAAUUCAAAGAACUCUACUUGUCCAGAGAACAGGAGCUCAUCAAGGAGGUGGAUAACGUCAGAGAGGAAAAGGAUAGAUUGAAUGAAGAAUUGGCUGGUCUAAAGGCAGCUGCAUCUGUCAUUGAAAGCAGCAAAGAUGAGGAAAUUGAUCAGAUCAAGCAAAAGUGGGCCGAUGAGGUCGCAUCACUCCAACAAAUUGUUUCUCACACGGCAGCAAUAACUGCAGAGGAGACUGCUAUGACCUACCUGAUGGAAAGAGACAAGCUCCUUGCACUUAAUGAAAAACUCACACAGGAGCUUCAAGAAAUCAGUCAAUAUCAAGGGGGAGAAAAAACAAUGACAUCGUCAGGCAGUGCUGGCCUUUUGACAAGUAUGACGAAAUCAUUCCGCAGCUUGACCAGCGCCACCACUAGUCCAUCUCCUACCAGGGAAGAAAAGCUCCCUCUACCCCAGACUCCAAGUUCCCCUUCAGCAUCAGACAAUCUGGAACAGAGUAUGUUAAAGGCACAGAAAGAUACCGAGCUGCUUCGAGCCGUGGUAGUUCCCCUGGAAAAUGAGAUUGAAAGCCUCAAACAAAAAUUAUCAGAUGUACACAGUGACAACAGGCUUCUGCAAGCAAGGCUAAAGAAAGCUGUCGGCAGCAAAGACUUUAGUGAUGCAGUUCCAUCAGCCGAUGACUAUGAAGUUACCAAGGAUGAUGUCAAUAUUCUCAAUGAGAAGAUCAAGGACUUGAACAAGGUGUUAGAGACAGAGAAAGCUGCAAGGACGGAUUUAGAGCUGUAUGUCGCUGUGCUUGGCAAACAGAAACAUGUCAUGCAGGAUGAAGGAGAUGAGAUGAGAACUGAACUCAAAGAUGUGUGCUGUAUUCUAGAGCAAGAGAAGCAAGCCCACUCUCAGCUCCAGCAAACCUGGCAGAUGGCCAACGAUCAGUUCCUCGAAUCUCAGAGGUUGCAGAUGAUGGACAUGAGGAGGAUGGAGAGCGUCUUGACGGAAGAACAGCAUAGACAGAUCGCCGAGAUCCUGAAGAAGGACCAGGAGCGUGAGGAGCAGGAGAAGAAGGUCAAAGUCCUGAAGGAGAAGCGAGAGAACCUGGAGAAAAGACAUUCCAAGGAGACGGCAGAGCAAGAAGUUACUCAACAAGAAUCGCCUGCAACUCCUGUGCAAACCAACUCAUCUUCCCUUCUGAGUAGAGACGACAUCGAGGACAGCGACGAUGCUCUCCUGGUCCCCUCCUCCAUGGACACGCCUAUCAGCUCCACCCCUUCAAGACUCCACCCAUCUAUCAACUUUGCCAGCCCCAAUGUCGACCCAGAAGCGCUGUUACAAUUUGACACAACGGACUCGGCUUCUGGAGCCAAGACAACAGUUCAUGGCAGCUUAUCAGAGAUUGGAGCUCAGAGCGGACACAAUACGUCGGAUCUCUUGGGCACCAGUUACGAUUCUGUUUCGCUAUCAUCCACUAUCAGUUUAACAGAAGCACAAGAAAGAGCUAUCUCAGGAACUCCCGAAUCAGAGGAGAUGAAGAGUGUUUUGGCCAGUGCUCGCUCUAAGACUGAUCUCUACUCCCUGCUGGCAGGCAAGAGAGUCGUCAGUGAUACCGAAUGGACAAAACUACAGGAAGAGAUUCGGUUUGCUCGAGAGAAGUUAGGAAGGCCAUGUGACAUGUGUACCAACUAUGAACAGCAGCUGCAAGGCCUUCAAACCAAAUACUCUGAAUCCGUGGAAAGUUCAAAAACACUUAGACAGCAACUUGAGCAGGAGAUAGACAAUGUAUUAAGAGAACAGAAGAUCCGCUCAGAGUUGGAGGAAAGCCUGAAGAAUGCUGCAGAAGAUGCUCAGAUACAGAUCAAAACACUCACUACCAAGAAUGGAGAGUCAGAGCAGCUUUUAUCAAAUGUUAGACACCAAUAUUUAAAAUCACAAAAUGAGUUACAUUCCCAAAUGCAAAUUCUAUUUGAGUCCAGAGAACAACUUUACCAAGAAGUCACAAAGUUGCAGAGAGAGAAUGACAGUCUUAGUGCCAAAAGGUCUUUACAUCAAUCCCUUCAGAGCAGCGAACCAUUUGACUUGCCAACAUCACCACAGGAGCUUUCCUGUCUGUGCAUGAAGUACCGUGAUGACAUCAUCACGGUGCGAGUGAAUGCCGACCAUACCGAGAGCUCACUAAGGAGUGAGCUGAGCUUCACCAGGGAGCAGCUAGAAUCAGAGCAACAUCAACGCAUGACCAUGGAGGACACCUACCAGACUGAGCUGGAUGAUUACAAGGAGGAACUACUUGUAUUACGGAACCUGAGAGAAGAUUAUGAGAAAGAGAAGAAAACCAGAGGAGAAGUGGAGGAGACCUUGAGAGAGGUCCAGGAAUCAAAGAAAUCUAUGCAGGGAAAGUCCAAAGAGGUCAUCACAGCACUCCGAGAGCAGGUCGAAGAAUUGUCAGCACAUAAGACGAAUUUAGAAGCUGAAUUGCAAGAGAGGAGGAAAAAGAAUCAGAAUCUACAAUCAGAGCUCGAAAACUCGGAAGCUGUGCAGAAAGACUUUGUCAAAUUAUCACAAUCUCUACAGGUUCAGCUUGAAGUCAUAAGGCAGAAAGACAAUGAAGUCAGGUGGCAGCAUGAGGAUGAUGCUGAUAAGUGCAAUAAUUGUAAGACUGUCUUUGGCACUAGUAAAAAGAAAAAGAACCACUGUAAGCACUGUGGGAAGCUGUUCUGCCCAGAAUGUGUGACCAAGUCUGUGGAGAGUGGCCCUCGAAGGAGAAAGAUGCCCGUUUGUGAUGUCUGCCAUACACUACUUGUCAAUGAAUCAGCUCCUUAUUUUAGCAAAGAAGCACCAGACAACACGUAGCAGUGUACAAUUAGAAGUAUUAUCGUAGGAAUAGAGGUAGCUUUUCCUUCAUUUAAUAGUUAGAGGGAUAGUAUUUAGUAAGAGUAUAUAAUUGUAUGUAGGACAUUAUAGUGAAGUAUGUUACAUGUGAUACCAUGCUAACAGUGAAACUUAGAUGAUACAGUUUCAUAUUGGGUUAGAAGACAACAACAUGAGUAAAUGUCAUGUUGUAUUUCACGAAUUAAAUGUGUAUUAUGACUCUUUUUGAGUAUUAUUGCUCUUUGAAGCAUUUUAACCUACAUAUAAUUACACAUGCUAGUAUCAGCUGUUGAUUGCUAACUUGGCACUACAGUGAAUGACAUGGUAUUUUUAAACAUAUCUAGGAAACAAUAUUCUAAUAUAUCGAUUGCAAAAAUUCACCACCAGUAAAUUCAUCUAGUAGAUUAGAUACAUGCAAUGGAAAUACAUCCGUUUCAACUACAAUUGAUUUAUGAAAUGAUUCUUUUAAAGAAUCUACAUGGCUUAUGCCAUAUUUUUACCUUCAAAAAUCUAUUCAAGAUCUAUUCAAUGCAAUCCUAUCCAUUUGAAUUUGUUUUGAUUUCAAAUAAAAUUGAUACAUGUAACAACAUAUUGAACGUUUUUUUUAUGAUAUGCAGACUUUAUAGAUUAAACUUACGAUCAUGAAAGUUCAUCUGUGUUGGUUGAAAAUAAGAAAAGAUUAAACUUUUGCUCUCAACCCAAAGAAAAAAUCCAUGAAUUACCUCAAAAUUUUUGGCUGCUAACUGCAACCUUCCUCAGCGAUGACCGAAGUAACCCAAUCUGACCCUGUGACGUAGCAAUCGAUAGUCGGGUUGUAUCGCCCUCCGUCCCUAUUGAGAGAAGGUUUGAAUGCCCGGAUGUAAAUCGCUUCUUUCACACCUCUCUCAAAUUACUGAUUCCUUGAACAUCGAAGCCCUAGCUUCACUUCUUAAGUAUCGCAGCACAUUCACAUCGAAUCACCUGGACAUUAACAAGGUACAAGUGCUGGGGGCCAUUUCAUAAAGCUGUUUGUAAGUUAAGAGUGACUUUAAGAACGACUGGUGAUCCUUUAUUGUGGUAAAUGGUAUAUUCAUUGGCGAUGGUUACGCACGUAAGAAAGGUUCACCAGUCAUUCUUAGAGUCGCUCUUAACUUACGAACAGCUUUAUGAAACGCCCACCAGGACAGGGUGCUGCGGUACUAUUAGAGAGGGAUUAUUAGGGUUAAACUGCAUAAUGUAAUUAUAUGAAUUCGAGAUUACCUCACAAGAUAAUCAGAUAAUGCAUGUAAUCGGUGUCUUAUUUGUGUGUUAACAUCAGCUAAAAAUAAGCACUUUUUGAGAAGUUUGUUUUACAUUUAUGUGGUUGAAACCACUGAACCUAAUGCACUUAUACAUGCAUGUUAGAUUCUUCAUCGAUCCAUCUAGGAAUGCAUGUAUGUUAUAAUGUGCAGACUUUCAGCCACAUUAUCCUUUCAUUGAUUUUCUUUUGAUACAUAAUUAGAAAUAUCUAUUACAAAUAUCAGGGGCAUGUUGUGCUAAACCUGACUUGGAUGAUGGUGAUUGGUGAGUUCUGCAUUUAAUGAUGAUGAUUAUCAUCAUCACAAUAAUUUCUUGAAUUUGGGUUAUUUCAUAUAUAUUCAUUCGAUUGAUUUCUCAUCUUGUUCAAUGGCAAAUGUAUUCAUUAUAUAAUGGAGUUUGCAUUUUUAUUUUGAUAUUUAUAUUUGUAAUUUUAGUUUAAAAAACAACAACAACAAAAUUGUACCGUUUGUUAGACAUCUAAAAUACGUAUAGGCCUACCGUAGCCCAUCUGUUGCUAGAUUUCUUCUCUUAUUGACCUGGUUCCAAAUGUUUAGAACAUGGUUUAGAUAUUUAGAAUCAGGCCAAUAAUACACUUUCUUAAUCGGGGCUAAUUAGAUAUUCAUUCAGAGAUAUGAUACAAAACUUAAAAGACAAUGACAUGCGAAAUAUUAUUUUUUUUACAAUGUCAGUUUUUCUUAUCUUUAAUGAUAUAUUACCUCUUUUGUUCUGAGUAUCAAAUUUGCCAUCACUUAUAUUUUUCAAAUAUAACAAAAAAAGGCUGUUAAUUGUGAGACAAAUGUUCAAAUAAUGGAAAAGUUGUUAGGCGGUAACUUAUUUAAUUAAUUUGAAUAAUCUAAUAAUAUUCCAAUAAUAUUCCAAAGCCUAAUAAAUAGUUUUGGACAAAAAUACUGUAAUUCAAGCAAAUAUAUUUCAAAUACUAGUGCAACACAUCUUUCUAAUCACCUUUUUAAAGAUAUUUGGAUUUCAAAAUUUAAGUUAUUAAAAAUAUUUCCCCCUUUCCUGUGAAAUGUGAUAUUGUAUGAAGUUAAAUGCAACUCGAUUCUAUCGCAGUGCUACUUAUAUCGUUAAGAAUUAUUUUGUCAGUAUUACAUGAUUGUGUAUUCUGAUUUUUGUUGAAUGUUGGUUUAUCAACUUUCAAUAAUAGAUCAUUAUCUGCAUAUAAUAUCCCUGCGAAUCUAUAUGUUUUAAUAUUUAUUACUCUCAGUGUAUCCAUGUACAUGUAGGUCAGUUCAUUCUGUAAGUCUAUGGCAGAAUUAUUAGAGUUUGUUCAAACUUAGACCGACAGAGCUUAGCAACAUUUAUGUACAAUUUCAAUGAGGCAUUUCAAAAUCGUCCAAAUUCUGGAUAUAUAUUUUGUUGUGUGGCUGGCUAUCAAAAGCUGUGGGCCAGUCAAAAUGAUGAUGAUAAUAAUAAUACUAAUAAUAAUAAACAUAGCCUAAAAGGAUUCUUGUAAAAAGUUGUACAUCCAAAUUCUUGACAUCAUCAGAGUAAUAUGGCAUGAUAUGGUAUCAGAAUUUUUCAUUUUUCAGGACUUUGUUUGUGCAACUUUGGGAAAUAAUCUGGUGAGAGAUGACUUGUGUCGUGGGAGUUCAUGAACACAAGUGUAAUAUUUGUUUCACCACUGAACAUUGUCUGAACACUGUAAACAAUAUUGCCGAGCUGUGUCGUGUCAUGUCUGAGCCAAAGUUGAAUAAUAAUUCAUGUCUGUCAUCUACUUAAUUACUCCCUCCAUGUUCGAUAUCUUUCGUAUUUCAUACACCUGAAGGUCUCACAUCCUAUAUGCCACUGUAUCCAACAAUUAAUGUUUGUAUGAAUUAAUAUACUUAGAACAAAUCACAA